CAUAGCCACACAGAGAAGCACAUAAGGAAGGACGUGGAGGUUUAAAAGGCCAUAAUUCGCGGGUUAGAGAGUGUGUGCGGCCUUAUCUCCUCUCCCUUCCUCCUUGCCGCUUCCUCUCCUUUCACAGAACUCCCAACAACUCAAAAUGACUUCCAUUCCCGGUGCAGUUGGAAGUACUUGUUCCUCUCUUCAACUUCUUAAGACACCAACUUCCUCAACACCCUCCUCCUUUUCAUUCUUCAACAAUACCUCCCGUUUCACCACCCUUCUUCGACUCCGUUCCAACCACAAAACCCCCACCCUUUCUUUCGUUACUUCUGCUAUUGCCACCCCCAAUUCCUCUAUCCUCACCUCUCAAGAAGCUUUCGAGGGUUUUACUUUCCAAGACUCUAACGACCAACUCACCAUCAGCAAAGACGAACUCGACAUUUCCAAGCUCCGUUUUCCUUCCCAACUUGUUCACUCGCUCCACAACCGUGGAAUCACCAAUCUUUUCCCCAUUCAGAGAGCUGUGCUGCUUCCUGCAAUAGAAGGUAGAGAUAUCAUUGCUCGUGCAAAGACCGGGACUGGCAAGACGUUAGCCUUUGGAAUUCCAAUUCUCAAGGGUCUCACCGAGGAUCAACAGACCAAUCUCAGGCGGUCUGGUAGGCUUCCUAAAGUACUGGUCCUUGCACCUACUAGGGAGUUAGCAAAGCAAGUAGAGAAGGAGAUAAAAGAAUCUGCACCUUAUCUAAACACAAUUUGUGUUUAUGGCGGUGUUUCUUAUGAUAUUCAGAAGAAUGCACUUUCCCGUGGUGUUGAUGUAGUGGUGGGAACACCCGGGAGAAUAAUUGACCUAGUGAAUGGAAACAGCCUUAAACUGAGUCAAAUUCAGUAUUUUGUCCUUGAUGAAGCCGAUCAGAUGCUUGCUGUUGGGUUUGAGGAGGAUGUAGAAGUGAUUUUAGAAAGGAUCCCGACUCAGCGCCAGAUCAUGCUUUUCUCUGCAACCAUGCCGGGUUGGGUCAAGAAAUUGUCAAGAAAACAUUUGAACAACCCAUUGACUAUUGAUUUGGUCGGGGAUAAAGAAGAAAAACUCGCUGAUAGGAUCAAACUUUAUGCUGUAUCAGCCACUGCAACAUCAAAGAGGAGAAUUCUUUUCGGUCUAAUAAGUGUCUAUGCAAAGGGUGGAAAGACUAUUGUUUUCACACGAACAAAAAGGGAUGCUGAUGAAAUAUCAUUGUCAUUAACAAGUAGUAUAGCUUCUAAAGCACUACAUGGUGAUAUCUCUCAGUAUCAGAGAGAGAGAACAUUGAAUGGUUUUCGGGAAGGGAGAUUCACAGUGCUUGUUGCUACUGAUGUUGCUGCUCGUGGACUAGAUAUUCCCAAUGUUGAUUUGAUUAUACAUUAUGAACUUCCUGACGGUCCCGAGACUUUUGUUCAUCGCUCUGGUCGUACUGGACGUGCAGGAAAAGAGGGUACGGCUAUUGUGAUGUACACCAUUAGCCAGAAAAGAACUGUUAUAUCCCUUGAGCGUGAUGUAGGCUCCAAAUUUGAAUUUAUUAGUCCACCACCUAUGCAAGAGAUUUCAGAAUCAUCUACCAAGCAAGUUGUUGCAACACUUGAUAGAGAUGGAAGUAAUUGGAGAAGUUCUAGGGAUCAGAGAGGUUCUAUAGAUCGGAGAGGUUCUAGGGAUCCGAGAGGUUCUACAGAUCGGAGAGGUUCUAGGGAUCAGAGAGGUUCUAGGGAUGACUGGCUAACUGGAGAUAGUCGAUCAAGCAGGUAUUCAUCAUCAAACAGAAGUAGUUAUGGAGGGGCCUGUUUUAAUUGUGGACAACCGGGGCAUCGAGCAUCAGAAUGUACCAAUAAACGAGACUUUUUUUAGUUGAACACAUUCAAUUUUGGUGUCACCAUGUUCAAGAAUUGAGCUGUGCCAUUGGCGAUGGCUUAUGUGGUUCGAGAAAUUGAAAGGUGCUUCCCAAAAGAUACAUAGAAUCAAUGCCUACUUUACUACAUAGACGUUCCCACAUUUGAUCUAAGAUUUUCUUUCUUUCUUUCUCCUUGUUGUAAAAUUGAUUUAUCAUUUGCGUUUCAGCAGUGAUAUUCGGAGAACAUUAACUGUAUGAUGCCGAUUUGUCUGCACAGCUGUAAUGUUAAUCAUCAGCUUGAACCCCAACGUUUCAGAAAGAGACAGGAAUAGGUUUAUGGAAAGAAUGUUUCCAGUCACUCCAUAGACAUAGUAACUAUCAUCUAAGUUUGUCAUGUAUAAUAUUACUUUCAAACAAGCUUAUCCGAAAUUCCAAAAUGAUUUCUAAAUUGUGA